AUGCACGGUGAGGUCUGCCACCUGCAUAUUGGGCAGGCUGGCACUCAGCUCGGUAAUGCCGCUUGGGAACUCUACCUCCUCGAGCACGGCCUGAAGGCCGAUGGUCGUCCUGAUCCGGAUGCCCAAGUCGGCGACCCUGGUGCUUUUGAGACCUUCUUCAAUGAGACAAGCAACAACAAACACGUUCCCCGUUCCAUCUUCGUCGACCUUGACCCCUCCCCAAUUGACGAGAUCAGAACCGGUCAAUACAGACAACUGUUCCACCCAGAACUCUUGAUCAGUGGGAAAGAGGAUGCGGCAAACAACUACGCUCGCGGUCAUUACACCAUUGGAAAGGAGCUCGUCGACGACGUCUUGGACAAAGUUCGUCGCGUUGCAGACAACUGUUCCUCGCUUCAAGGCUUCUUGAUCUUCCAUUCCUUCGGCGGCGGUACCGGAUCUGGCUUCGGCGCUCUUCUCCUUGAGAGACUGUCGGUCGACUAUGGCAAGAAGUGCAAGCUCGAGUUUGCCGUCUACCCUGCCCCUCAAGUCUCCUCAUCCGUGGUCGAGCCCUACAAUGCCGUCCUCUCUACUCACAGCACCAUCGAGCACGCCGACUGCACCUUCUUGGUUGAUAACGAGGCUGUCUACGACAUCUGCCGCCGCAACCUGGACAUUCCACGGCCUGACUACGAGCACUUGAACCGCCUCAUUGCCCAGGUCGUCUCCUCCGUGACGUCAAGUCUACGCUUUGAUGGUGCCUUGAACGUCGACUUGAAUGAAUUCCAGACCAACUUAGUGCCAUACCCUCGCAUCCACUAUCCGCUCAUUAGCUACGCUCCCGUUGUUUCCACCAAGCGAUCGUCUCAUGAGAGCUUCAAGGUCCACGACCUGACUCUACAGUGCUUUGAGCCCAACAACCAAAUGGUAGUCUGCGACCCCCGCAACGGAAAAUACAUGGCUGUUGCUCUACUUUACCGUGGUGAUGUCGUGCCUCGCGACGCCAAUGCCGCCAUUGCAUCCCUCAAGGCCAAGUCAAGCUUCCACUUGGUCGAUUGGUGCCCUACUGGUUUCAAGGUCGGCAUCAACUACCAACCUCCCAUGCCUGUUCCCGGUGGUGAACUCGCUAAGGUCGACCGAUCUGUGAGCAUGCUUUCCAACACUACUGCAAUUGCGGAAGCCUGGAGCCGACUUGACCACAAGUUUGAUCUUAUGUACUCGAAGCGAGCCUUCGUGCACUGGUAUGUUGGUGAGGGUAUGGAGGAAGGCGAGUUUUCGGAAGCUCGAGAAGACCUUGCAGCCCUGGAGAAGGACUACGAAGAAGUUGCUAGCGACAGCUUGGAAGCUGAAGACGAGGGUAGCGCCGAGUAUUGA